AUGGCAAACAUGCAACCUGUUUGGAGGUUGCAAGGCUGUGAUUUUUGUCUACCGGACGUCGCGAUCGCUGUCCAUUUGGUUGACAUUCUCCCUGAGUUUGUUCCAGUGCUUGAGCAUCGGACCUCCUGGCUCCCAAUGGGCUUCACUACUCGGAACGUCUCAGCGCAACACGGCAUCAACGUCCAGUUCUGCUAUGUCUACUUCCCCUCCAAACUAUCUAAGGAAGCCAACGGGGCGGCUCAGGUGGGGCGAGAUGUGGUCCCCAUGGCACUUAUGACACUUUGCAGUCUGAUUAUCCUUGUGUUCUUGUACAAGCAUAGUCAGCAGGUGAAGGGCCUUCGUGGGGGCAGCCGAAGUGGAACUGGGGCAGAGCAACGAGCGGCCAAAGCUGUGGUAGCGUUGGUUACUCUCUAUGUGGUCUUGUAUGGGGUUGAUAACGGGAUUUGGGUGUAUACUUUGACUGUGAAAACGACAAUGAAGAUUUCUCUCAUGUCUGACUUGAGGAUUUUUUUCUCCUCGCUCUACGCGGCCCUCAGCCCGUUGGUCAUUAUCGUCUCCAACAGAAAGGUGCACGGUCAGCUCCGGUGUCUAAGGAAUGAUAAACCUAUUGAGGAGGGGGCGACAACUCUCUCUACUAUGUGA